AUGUCUCUACAGCACAAUGACUCUUCUGUCAUGGCCACCACUACGGGUUCCUCCCCUCCCUCUGCAGCGGCAGUCCGAACCUUCAAGCGUGCCGCUGUAGCGUGCAAGGCUUGCAACCUGCGCAAGGUGAGGUGCACAGUCACCUUAUCUGGCCCUCCCUGCGCCAACUGCUCUGUGGACGGGAUUACAUGCGAGGUCCUUAGUCGUAAACGACGUCGCAACUCGGAUCAACUCCCCAUGAACCCAUCCCCCGGAGGAGGUGGGGAGAACACGUUAAUCCUCAUCCCCCAAAGAGCACAACCCAGAAGACGGCUCGUGGAACCCCAGACCCCGGGGCCAUUGUCGGGUACCCUAGAGAAUGAGGAGGCCGUCGAGUCGAGGGACGACCGGGUCACAUCCGCGCCGCCCGAAGAUCACCGGCGCACCACACCCCAAGUCAACGGUGGCCCGAGGUCGUCGACGUCCCCACGCGCAGCCGAGACACGAUCGGUUGGCGGUGGGCCAUCCGCUCCAACCACUCGGCCUUACGAUGCCGUGCGUGCUUUGCUUCCAGCCAAAGGUCACCGGCCACCGGAUCCAUCCGAUGCCACUGAGGACAGCUCCGCGUAUGCAGAGACGCUGGAAGGUGGUAAGAAUCGCGAGGAUGGCUGCGUCCCGUUCUACCCAGGAGAUCAACGUGGCCCGGCCUUCUUGAUCGAUAUCUGUGAACCCAAUAGGUCAUCCAAAGACAACCAUUUCCUAGUGCCGAUGCCAUCCAUCAAGGCCCUCUCGCCAGAAGAUGUCAAUUAUCUCAGGAUGAAGGGCGCCUUCACGCUACCUCCGCCCCAUGUCCGCGAGGCGAUGAUCCGGUGCUACUUUCACUAUGUGCACCCAUUUGCACCGAUCCUGGAUGCGAGCGAGUUUAUCACCGAGUAUGAAAAGGGAAGAAAAAGCCUGUUGCUGCUCUGGAGCAUGUUCAUCGCGGCCGCGAGUUUUGUUGACGAAAGUCUCCUGACGGAAGAUUUCUUUCCCUCGCGAAAGGCUCUGAAACGAGCCAUGUACCAGAGAGCGAAAGCUAUGUACGAUGCAGAUUACGAAAAAGACAAGGUGACACUCAUCCAGUCCGUCUUCCUGAUGGGCCACUGGUACACCAGCACAGACGACAGAGCCGGGCCCUGGCACUGGAACGGCAUCGCCAUCAGCCUCUCUCACACGAUCGGUCUUCACCGCCUGCACAUGCCCGCGAACCAACAAGCGUCUCAAGGUACGAAGCCGUUCUGGAGACGUCUCUGGUGGUCUCUCUACUCGCGAGAGGUAUGGCUUUCUCUGGGACUCGGCAGACCUAUGCGGAUAGCCCUUGAUGACUUUGACACGUCUAUGCCGGCUGCGAGCGACGCUGACGUCCUGACGCCCGAGGUCAAAGGCCAACUUGGUCAGAAGUAUCUUCCUAAAGAGAUGCAGUUUCUGUUCGAUACCUGGCUGGCUUUCAUUGGCUUGAGUGUCACCCUUAGUAAUGUUCUCGCGACGAAUUAUAGGGCCAAAGGGAUGAAGCCGUCAAGGUUGGAGAUUGAGCAAAGCGAAAAUCAGAUUCGUGGUUUUCAGUAUCGGGUGCCUGAAGCAGGAAGUCACAGUCGAGUUGUCGCAUCUCAUAUCUACCAGUUCAAGCUAUACUUUGAAACAUCCAUAAUCGUACUCUAUCGGCCUUUCAUACUCGAUACCCCGAGAGAGAUCCCGGCAGCAGACCAAGGAAGUUGGAGGACUUUUGCAUGCCAAAAGACGAGGACUGCUGCGUCCAACGCAAGCGCAGCGAUGAACUCCAUGAUGGCAGAAGACCUGAUCCGACUCUGCCACACCAUCACAGUCAUUGCCCUCGUCCCGCCAAUGCAAAUCCACCUCUUCGAAUCAACUUCGUCAAAACAAAUGGCGCGCCAGAUGGGAAGACAUAACCUCGCCCUCUGUAUGGUCGCCAUGGACGAGAUGCGCAAGUCCUACAUCUCGGCCGAUGCAUCAUAUAAGCUCUUCGAAACGGCCAUCAACAAGGUAGAUAACGCGCCGCCUCACGAGCAGCAUCAGCCAUCUCCGGCUGCUGCUGCCUUGACGCCGGAUACGAGCGCGUUCGCGAGCUGGCCUGAUGGUUAUGGACUGGGCACCGCGGGCAUCAUAUCGGACAUGUGGAGUCCACUACCGAAUGCAUACGCUGAUAAUGCCUCUAUAUCGGGGACCCAUACCGAUUCUUGGCUGGAUAUACAGACUAUGGACAGGCUAUGGACGCUCGACGAUUUCAGUCUGCCAUGA